ACUCCAGUAAGCGUCAGUCAGACGGAUGAGGAAGUAGCGGAAUCAGCCCGGUUGGCUUCUACCUCGCUAGUGGAUAUGUGCGUGUGUGUAUGUGUAUCCGGCUCCGGAUCCUGGCCGGGAGAGUAAGCGGAUGGGGUGAUACCGGCAAUCCCCCUCCCCGUAUGGGAACCAGCAGCACCGGGCAUAGCCCCCCGGCGGGGGAGCUGAGUCCGCCCCUGGAGGCGUGGACUUGUGGCUACUGCGGGAAGGACUCGUUCUGCGCCCAGGGUCUCAUGGCUCACAAAUUGUCAGUCCAUGAUUACCAGCAGCUGCUGAACAAAGGCUGGGUCAGGUGCCACGUCUUGGACUUUCGAAUAUCCAGGUCACAACGCCGAGUUCUAAAGAAAAUGAGGAAACUCUUAACAUGCACGGGUGGUUUAGUGAAGGAAACAGCUGAGAUUAGCUCCAAGGAGGACAACAGGUGCCAUAAUAGGGAGCAGGUCCCUGAAACUGCACCAGGCAAAUCAACCACUGGGCAGACAACGUGGGCAUUGUCCGAGAGGUCUGAGGAACAAUGGCCAGAGGGAAACCGCGCAUCGGAUCAGCGGGGGGUGAGCAGCAGCCAGAGCUGGCCUGUUGAAGAUGAGGACUCUCAGAUGCAUACCUGCCACAAAGCCAAAGAAAGCCGGACAGAGCUCCUACAGAGUCCAGAGAGGGGACAGCAGGCAGAGCUGGACUCAACAGAGUCAGAACUGGUGGGACUGACGGAGCGCAAGGCCCCGGGUCAGGAAUCAGCUCCUUUGCCAGGUCCGCAGCCACCCUUGUCACAAACCUCCAUGAACACUGUGCACCCAUCUCCCAUCCCACCUCCACUUCAUUCCAAGCCUGAGCCUAGCCAUACUAGAUCAUUAGAGGAGCUCAUAGCAGACAACACGCCUGUUACAUCAUUGCACCAGCUGGAGGUGAAGCUACUGCGACUUUCUCCUCCAAGCCCUGAGCUACAUGCUACAUUUGGCGAAUCUUACAAAGUCUACAGGCGUUACCAGAUGCACGUGCACAAAGAUACUGAAGUGAUGGCCUCGGAGUCAGAGUACAGAAGGUUUUUCUGCAGCACUCCACUCAUAGGGGAGGACCCAGCAGAUGGCCCAGACACCGGCUACGGCUCUUUCAUCGAACAGUUCCUGCUAGAUGGGAAAAUAAUAGCUCUCGGCUUGUUAGAUAUACUACCGGAAGGAAUUAACUCCCAGUACCUUUGCUAUGAUCCAGAUUACUCUUCCCUCUCGUUGGGAGUCUACUCUGCACUCAGGGAAAUAGCACUAACUCAGAGGCUGAAUGAGAAAGUUCCAAGUAUGAAGUAUUAUUACCUGGGCCCUUAUGUUCACUCCUGCGUUAAAGUGAAAUAUAAGCUUCUGUACCAGCCAACAGAGCUGCUGUGUCCAGUGACUGGGCACUGGGUACCUGUGGAACAAUGCUUGCCCAAGCUAGAGAUCAGCAAAUAUUCCAGGCUUUAUGAUGGUGAAGAACCAGCCACUGAUCCUGGCUUGUCAACGCCAGGCCUUUGGUUUCUUCAGAAUUUCCGCGAGGCUCUGGGCCCCUCUGCCUCCACCUCGGUUCAGACUGAGGAAGCCGUGUUGGUGGUAUCGCAGGAAGACCUCGUCUCGACCCGCUCCUCGGCGGCUGCCCGUUGGGGGCGCUGUUCCUGCCUCAUCCAAUUGUUAAGCUGCUGCUGCUGUUGUACCAAUUAUCGCCGAGACAAGGCCGAGAGCUGACUGCUCAUGCUGAGGGACUGCAAUGCCGCUGCUGCAUUUGGAAAUUUAGGUGCUUUUCAAACAAGGCGCUUGGGGUCAGAGGUAGGGAGAGAGACACACGGGAGAAAGCCGGGAAUGAAAGGAGAGAGAGAAAAGGGGACCAGAAAGGGACGAAGAUACCUUCCAACAGACACUUUAAGCUAACUGUGUGCACCUAUAAGGCCAACACAGAAAGCACAACAUUGCACAAGUCUAAUGUUUACUCUGCUCCUCACAGUCCCUUCAUCUCUGUUUUUCUUUUUCCUUCUUCAGUGCAAUCUCUCUGCAAAGCUCAUGGGAUGUUCUAGACUCCAGAGUUAUAAUCAUUUCGGAGUUCACAGAUGAUGAGCUUGUGCCAGUAAUGAAGCCUCUGUGGGCACAAUGUUUCCUUUCUGUGAUAGUGUACAAAAAAUGCAAUCAAAUGAGGGUAGGGCAGUCACACAGGAGGCCUGUCAGGUGAUGAAACCCCACUGCUCUCAGGUCAUUCCAAAGAACUGUGUUGAUAUGAAAUCACUUGGUAGUUUUGUGCAUGUCCGUCAUUGUAAUGGUAACUGUAGUUUUGUGACCAAAUCUUCCAGUGACCAGGGUAACAGCCCCAGUUUGCCAUCUUGUGACAUUUAUGAAAAAUAUCUAAUUACAACUCUAGCUAGGCAAUAUUGUGUUGCUGAAGGAAAUAAGCUGGCAAUCUCAAACUAAAUGUGACAGCCCCUGAUUGGUGUUUCGUGUUAAGCAUGAGAUUUUGGUUGGGGAACUUCUGAUUUCAGCUCAUGGAAUCCUAUCUAAUGGGACUGAGUGGAAAAUGAUUUGGUUUUGGGGAUUCAAUGCAGUGUGUCAAAAUGGUACUUUGGGUUUCUGUAUUGUGGGAUUGAAAGGAGAAUGGUUGUGAACCCUUGGAAUUCAGGGCACGGUCUUAAUCUAAGGCUGGAUCCCUGUAACAUUGUUGAAAUGCUCACCAUUUUUUGUACAAAUCCCUGGCAAAAUAUUUGUUAGAAUCUUUUAAGAAGUGAUAUUCACACUCUGAUUACUGAUCCGCUCCUUCUUACUCCCUCUGCUCUAGUCCUGUGCAGUUCUGGCCUAAACAUAUGAUUCGCACAGAAAUGUGGACUUUACCUGAUCCGGGUGCAGUGCAGGAUCAGUGCUCAGGGACAGAUGAUACCACCUUUACCCAGCAGUAACUACUGCUGUAGGGUUUAAAGAUUUCUUGGUAGGUGAAGGGAUUAGGUGCCAAGUGGGUGAAUAAGGAGUUGCAGUUCCUGUUUGAUAUGCUAGGUGCUGGAUGGGGGAACAGAUGGGUGGCAGAUGAGUCUACCAGGAAUGGGUGAGGGGGGUGGUGGUCAGUCUGCCAUAUGGAUGGGUGAGCCUGUAUGCCAGAGUGCCAGGUGGAUGAGGGUGACAGGUAACCGGGUAAGUGUAGGGAACCAUUUGGGUGAAUGAGGGGGUCAGGUACCCGACACAUGGGUGAGGGAAGGUAGAGUGUUGAAUGAAUGACUGUAGAAGCAAGGUAGCAGAGGCUGGGCUGAGGUUUGGAGUGGGGUUGGGGGGAGACAUUGUCAGGCAUCAUGGUGGGGGCAGAUUGAUUUUUAAGGGAGAAGAGGGCUUUGGAUCCAGUGUGGAUGCAUAGGAGCCAGUUUUUUAUUUAGCCAGGAGUUGGGGCAGCAUGUUAACCCUUAAGAUCUUCUGGAUGAUUAUUCAAGUAAGUUGAAUCCUCCAAAAUUCUGCUUCUAAUUAAAGUUGCAGCCAUUUUUUUUGGGAGGGUUUGAGGCACUAAUUAUCCAUCAGAAGUUUAAGCUUCGUGGAUAAUUUCCGCAAAGUCAGUGCACCGAGACUUCUGAGAGAUUCCAGCGGAAAUCGUUCAGGGUAUACUUGGCUCUGACUAUAAGGAGACUGAAGGACUUAGACUAAUGUGUGUUCUUAAAAAUAUGACCAUUACUGAAGUGAGUGGUCAGUGAUCAUAAUACACUCUGUUGCUACCUUUGCUAUAAUAAGUUACCUUCUAUGCAAGAUGUCACUAUGAAUACAUACUCAAAUGUUCACCUACACUACCAGAAGACCAAAGAGGUGCCUGAUGGAAAUGUUACAAAUCGAACUAUAUUGUGACCACUAGAUGUCACAAUUGCACACUUUACACCUAGUAGUAGGAAACUAAUAGUGACAGCCGAAUGUUUGUUUAUUUGAAUAAGUUCCAAACAGAAAUGCCUGCAAUUUAAAACUGACCAUGUCAGAUAGGCCAGACCAACUGCAGACAGUAAAUUACCUUCCCAAAUGAUAGUCGUCAACCAGAUUUUAUUUUAAUGACAAUCCAGUGGUUUCAUGAUCACUGUUAAUAAGAUUUAUUCCAGAUUAUCAAAUUGUUUAAAUUCAAAUUCUGCAGCGGCUCUACUAGGAUUGGAACUCUUGUUUUUUUUUACAUGACAAUUGUCACAGUCUCUGGGUGACCAGUUCAGUACAUACCAUCAUUAAACUAAAUCUGUCCUCCAAUAAGAACCUUGACAGGAAAAAGGACAGCAGAAAGAGGGAUGUCCUGUGGGAAACAGGUGUAGUUUUGUUUCCUUUUAAUGUAAAAUAAAUAAACAGAAUUUGAUUUUUUUUUCCCAGAAAGCCUGUCUGAGCUAUUUCUAAUAUUUCCCAUCCGCCCUUUCACACUUAUUGUAACAAUCAAGAUUGAACCUGCCUCUAGGGUGUUGUACUGUUUUGAAUUGUGGGCAACACAUUAGUAAAAAGGUGAGAUAUUGAGUUGCCCCCAUGCAAUCAUUGUAAUGCUUGUCUUUUGACCUUUUUGACUAUUUUUGGCUUCACAAAAUUCUCCAUCUGGAAAAUUUACAAUGGUGAGGUAAUCCAUUAUUGUUUAUUCUGUAACCAACGAGCAUCAUUACAGACUCUGGUUGAGUGGGUGUAUCUGUAAGCAGUGCCAAACUCCCCCAUCAGCCAGUCAACAGGAUUGCUUUCUGUAAUAGGGUGGGUUACCAUGGUUACUGGAAAAAUGAAAUGAUGAGUCUUAAAAUUCCUUUCAGCUGUGCGUGGAGCUGGUCACAAUUUCCCCAUGGAGUAGGGGUCCCCUUUAACUCUUUCAUUGCAAAUGCUCCUUUGUACUCCCAGUUCAGAAGAUUCAAACCCAUUGGAAAAGGGUCCUGCACUUGAUCCGAAACACACUGGAGGAGGAACUAUUUCAUUUCAGGGUUUCGACCCCUGAUUGCUAACGAAUGGCUUCGUAUAAAAAGCACACACGAAUGGGAGGUAGAUUUGAUCCAUUUGAAGAUAGCAGCUUGGAAUUACUGAUUGAUAUCCAAGGACAUCUUUGGGAUAACAGUCUUCUGUGCACAACUGCUUCCUUCAAACAUUAAAUGAAAGAAUUUUUUAAAAAAGCAUUUAUAUAGCACCUUUUUCAUGUGGUAUCACAUCCCAAGGGAGUUAACCAGAAUGUAGCCGUUGUCACUGAGCCAAACAAAGCAGUUAUAAUCAAAAUCAUAAUCCAAACCUUGUAGAUUUUGAGGAUUAUUUUAAACAAGACAAGCAGGGAGGUGAAGAGAGUCAAGCAUCAAUAUUCUUUAAUAUCGAACAUAACUCCAGAAAUUUUGGGCUACAAACCCAAGUUUUAGAAUUCAGUUCCUCUGCUGCACAAUAUGGGAGUCAGCUCCCUUGCAGCCAAGCUGAGCAAUUUGAAUUCCACUGAUCCACAUCCCUCUGGUCACCCCUUUUGUGGUUUUGAGUAAAAUAUCAGCUUCUCAAAGCUACAACCUCCUUGUGACAGGAAACAAACCCCAAAAUAACAAUGCAAGUGUAUAGUGAACAGCUCCAUUUGCCAAGCCGCAAGGAUCUCGUUGAUGUAUGGGUUAAAUGAGUUAAGAAUUAACGUGAUAGGAGACACCAUCUUAAAGGGGUAAGCACAAACCUAACACAGUUGCUCAUUCCUAAUGAAGCAUGGGUUGUAGACUUCAUAAAGUGCCUUUAGUGAUCUCUUUGUAGUGUUUUAUGGUCUAAUGAUUCAGACUUUUGCAAUAAAUUCUUUUCUAAAUGUUACUAUUUUAGCUUUGUGUAAAAUAAAUGAAUAAAAUUGAAAGUGCCUAUAUUUUAUGAUGUCUGUCAGGGGUCCUUUAUUGUUUGUCAAUAUUGUUAAUUCUAAAGGGCAGUUCCAGCCUUUUAAGAAAGGGAGCAUUCAUUCAGCAUUGUCAGGGCCAGCGUGGAGUAAAGUGAUACAGAGAUAGUAGGAACUGCAGAUGCUGGAGAAUCUGAGAUAUCACAGUGUAGAGCUGGAUGGACGCAGCAGGCCAAGCAGCCUCA